AAAAAGCACAACGAUCUCGCAUACAACGAGUCUUCCCCUUGUGUAUGGCCUUCCCGCGAGUGUUCGAGACUACACUAUUGGAGCACAAUACCGAGAGGCUUUGAGUGUGCGUCUCUUUUCUUUCUCUGUGAUCCUGACCACGCAAGAUUUCGUCCAACGAUCUUUUACGGCACCGUCGAGCUGCCCCGGACUACCGCAGUAAUAGCAGCACGUACGACGACAACGACGUCAGCAUCAGCAACAUGUCAUUUGAUCAGCUGAAGCGUGAAGCAGUAAACUUGGAACGUCAGCUGGAAGACAAGGUCUCGCGCUACCAGCAGUUGGCUCAGAAAUUAAACAAAGCAGCUGUCAGCAACGAUCUGGCUUUAUCUGAACAAGGCGCCGUGCCGUGGGGAGAAGAAGCAUCCUUGCAACAAGAUAUUCAACGGUCUUUAACUCACUUACAAGACCUUAUAUCAAGCCGUUUACCGAGCGCGGCCAGCAGUCCGAGUCAUCAAGCGGUCAUCGGGCGCUACCGUGAGAUUUUGUUAGACUUACGUUCGGAUUUCGAAAAGAGUCGACUGGCAGUGCGUCGGGCAACCGAACGUAAGGAACUGCUAGGGUCUGCCCCGACUGCAAAUGGAAGCACUGAUCCGGCAAUGGACCAUUUAUUGCGGGAACGGAAUCACAUUAAUAAUUCGAUGAACGCAGCGAGUACUGUGAUUGGACAAGCCGACGCAAUUAGAUCAGAUUUGAGAUUUCAGGGACGGUCACUACGAAACGCAGGCAGUUUGUUAGGACAGCUGACAACGAACAUACCUGGUCUGAACCACCUGGUCGAAUCUAUUCGUCGGCGACGUUCCAGGGAUGACAAAGUCGUCGCUGGGGUUAUUGCGAGCUGUAUUCUUUUUACGCUCUGGUAUGUCUUGUCGUAACUUUCCCUUUAUAUCCGCGGACCAAGUCAAGAGAUUUGCCACUUCUAGUCUUGUGCACAUUGAAAAUUAUAAAUCACAGUAAUUCUUC